AUGGCAAUGCGAAUAGCUAAGAGCAAAAAAGCACACACGGUUGCGGAGAGUUUGAUUAUGCCAGCGGCUUUAGAAAUAUGCGAGAUAAUGUUAGGAAAAGAAAGCAGCCGAAAAUUACUGUCUAUACCAGUAUCAAACGAUACCAUCAGAAGGCGAAUUUGCGACAUGUCCAAUGACAUCCAAUUACAAUUGGUUGAGCGCCUACAAAGCAGUACAUUUGCCAUACAGUUGGACGAAAGUACCGAUAUUGCAGGCCCAGCGCAGUUACUAGUCUACGUUAGAUAUUGCUUUGACAAUGAUGUGGUCGAGGACUUUCUGUUCUGCAAACCUGUGCCACUUAGAACGACAGGUGAAGAUAUAUUUGCAAUGCUAAAUGAUUUCUUCAUUGCUAACAAGCUUGAGUGGUCCAGCUGUAUUGGAAUUUGUACGGAUGGAGCUGCAGUAAUGACAGGUCAUAAAAGUGGGGUUGUUGCACGCGUACGAACUGUUUCUCCGAAUAUUAUUUCCACACAUUGCAUGAUUCAUCGCGAAGCUCUUGCUAGUAAGAAUUUAAACGAAUCCUUCGGUAAAGUGCUAAAUACAUGCAUUAAACUAGUUAAUUGGAUAAAGUGCAGACCGUUGAAUGAACGACUGUUUGCUGCACUGUGCGAAGAAAGCGGCUCAGAUCAUCGACAUCUGCUGCUACACACAGAGGUUCGCUGGUUGUCACGCAGAAAGGUACUUCAAUGCGUCUUCGAGCUUCGCAGUGAACUGGCAUCAUUUUUAAUGGAUAAAAACUCAGAGCUGGUGAAGUUUGUUUCAGAUAAUGUAUGGCUUGCAAAACUGGCUUACCUGGCUGAUAUCUUUUGUCAACUUAAUGCACUUAACACAUCACUGCAAGGCAGAGAUUCAAGCGUGUUGAAAACAACAGACAAGAUAACUGCCUUCAAGAAAAAGUUGAGAAUAUGGAAGACACGAGUACAAAAUAAAAGCUGUAAUAUGUUUGAACCGUUAACUGAAUUUCUGAAUGAAAACAAUAUGGCCAUUGAUAACUUGGCAACAGAUAUCUUUGACCAUUUGUCGGCAAUGGAAGAAUACUUUGACAGGUACUUUCCAACAGAUAACAUUGCCGAUUAUGACUGGAUCAGAAAUCCAUUCAGUUGUCAGCUUACCGACUUGACCGGGAAGGAAGAAGAACAGUUGGCUGAAUUGUCUAGUAACAGAAGUCUCAAACUUAAAUUUCAAGAACAAACAUUGACUGUGUUUUGGUGCAACGUUAGGAACGAAUAUACGCUUUUAGCUGAGAGAGCAUUGACUGUGCUGGUCCCAUUUGCAACUACCUACCAGUGUGAAGCAUCGUUCUCAGCAUUAGCUGUGAUAAAAUCUAAGUUUAGAUCACGUCUCCAGGUGGAAGAUGACAAUCGAGUGUGUCUAUCAAAAAUCUCACCAAGGAUAGACCUUCUCUGCCGACAAAAGCAAGCCCACUCAUCUCAUUAG